GAGACCACAACAGGUGUCUGUGAAAGAAUUGAAAGACGAGGAGAAAGAAUCCCUCUCUAACUAACACGUUUCCUUUCCAAUGGCUCUAAUUUCUCUACUCUCUCUCUCCUCCUCUUCAUCUUCUUCUUCGUGUUUCUCUUCUUCUUCAUCACUGUCUCAAUUUUCUUCGCACAGGAAAUUUCUUCUGAAGCCUGUAAAAAUCCGAGCUGCUUCAUCUUCAGAUUCUUCUCUGAAACCGAAGGUGGUGGUGACACGAGAACAAGGAAAGAACGUGAAACUCAUUAAUGCCCUCGCGAAACAUGGGAUUAAUUGCUUUGAGCUACCUCUCAUCCAGCAUACACAAGGACCUGAUUUGGAUAGGCUUACUACUGUAUUACGCGGGACUUCAUUUGACUGGAUCGUUAUAACUUCUCCUGAGGCAGGAUUAGUAUUUCUCAAUGGAUGGAAGGCAGCUGGGAGCCCAAAAGUUCAGGUAGGUGUUGUUGGAGCUGGUACAACAGCCGUGUUUAAGGACGUACUACAGUCACCACAGCAAUCCCUGAAUAUCUCCUUCUCACCGUCUAAAGCAACUGGCAAGGUAUUAGCUUUAGAGCUUCCUAAACAUGGGAGUGGAAGAUGCACUGUCCUUUAUCCCGCUUCAAUGAAAGCUGGAAAUGAGAUUGAGACGGGGCUGACUGCUCGUGGAUUUGAGGUCACAAGGCUAAAUACUUACUCAACGGUUCCAGUCUAUGAUGUAGAUCAAAUGGUUUUGGCACAAGCACUCUCUGCUCCAGUUGUUGCCGUUGCUUCUCCAUCAGCAAUUAGGGCUUGGGUCAAUCUUAUAUCAGAAGCAGAGAGUUGGGAUAAUGCUGUUGCCUGCAUCGGCGAGACCACUGCUUUGGCAGCUAAAAGAUUAGGUUUGAAGAAUGUCUACUACCCAACAAAUCCUGGCCUUGAAGGGUGGGUUGGUUCCAUCCUAGAAGCCUCGAGUGUGCGUGGUGAAAUAAAGAAGGAAUUGGUUUGCUGACGAGGAUCAAACAGGUGCAGGACUAACCCAAGCCUCUGACUUGGCAGCAUGUCUGAACCAGCAUUUUGCUAAGACAAAAGCUCAAGAUGUAUUAUCGAUGCUCUUCUGUCGUCUAGAAGACUCUGGUUUCAUCCCGAUGUGUGAUAUCGUCACCUGGGAUUGGUAAUGCUUCCUUGAAGACCAUGGAUAAUAGGGCUUUUAAGAUGAAAAUCUGACCAAAAUCUGCUGUAUAUCUGUUUUUUGUUUUACCUUCGGAGGAUUAGGAUUCUGUAUCUCGUACUAGGAGUUCAAUUGGGUUGUUCACAGCCAAUGUAUGAUAGUAAAUAUGAGGAUGCCCCCACAUGUUUAAAGAAAUGUCAUACUGCAGUGGUCUCCUGUGUUUUUCAUCACAUAGAAUCUUGUAAUUAAUCCAUUUUAUUAUUGUACUAUUUAGUUA